UACCGCAGGUGCCUGUCAAUCGUUCGUUCGUUCGUUCGUCCGUCCGUCCGUUCGUUCUCUCUCGCGGCAUAUCCUAGAUAUUCCGGUCUCGGAUUCGCCGCCGUGGCGGAGGUCCGCGCGGACACCGCGCCGCGAGACCAGAGUCGCAUCGUGCCUCGUCGCACGCGGAUGCACCGUCGCCGUCGCAUCCGCCGUCGUCCUCCCGUUGCCGCUCCGCAGUCAACGCGACGAUGUUUCCGGAAGCGAGGGCUUUUUCAGCCACCGCCGCCGCCGUCGUCGUCAUCGUCGUUCGCCGCAGGUGCGUCGAACGGUAAGAUCGAGAUCGCACCUGGGCGAUCGUGUGUGUGCCCCGUCAAACCCGCCGAAUUCGUACGUGUCGCUGUGUGCGAGGUGGCCGAGGUGCGUGCGUGCGUACGUGCGUGCGACUCACGUCGGUUGGUCGGCCGCUCGGCCGUGUCAACCGCCGCCGAAUGCAGAGGAGCGAAGAUAGUUCGACGUUUCCGCUCGAUGUAAGAAACGGGGAGAGGAAAAACGGCAAAGUAGCGGCAAAUUUUGCGUCGACCAGCAGGCCGAUCUAAGCCGGCGCGAUGGAAGACGAGGACUUCGGUUUCACGAGGAGGACCGACAACGUCCUGAGGAAGGUGCGCACCGUUAGCGGCAAUGAGAAGCCUGACGACAGGAAAACGUUUCGCGACGACGGACGACUGACAUGUUCUCUGCCUAAGACAUCGGAAGUCGUUGGCGGUGGUGGUGGAUCAACGACACCAGCGCCUCCGACCGCGGCCGGAAGCGACGGCCGUGAACGCGCGUCAACCGCCGGCUCAGUCGUGCCCAACACGCCGGACAUACCGAACGUAGUGGAGUACCAUCUUAAAGUGAAGCCUAGGUCAACUACGAGGCACUACCGGCUCGAUAACGUUCCCAGGGACCAGUCUCGGGAAGAAAUGAAGGAGGAAGAGAAGAAGAGCGCCGUCGACGAAGACAAAGAUCUCGCGUGGAAGCUGACGCGAUUGUCCAUGAACAACGCGUACGAGGGCUCCACCGAUCUGCCGCAGAUGUUUCAGGUGAGAUACCUCGGCUCCCACGAUGCCAGAGGCCUCUGGGGCAUUAAGCACACGAGGAAGCCCGUCGAUAACAUGGUCUCGGCGGCGAAGGCCUUGCCGACCAACACGAUGCUUCCUCUCAUCAAUCUGGUGGUCUCUCAGGGUGGAGUUACUUUGUCGCCGUUGGACAAGAGGAAGCAGGACCCGGGCUCGUCUAAAAGGUAUCCGAUCGAUACGAUCUCCUACGGGGUGCAGGACCUCGUCUACACCAGGGUCUUCUCCAUGAUAGUCGUCCAAGAGACAGACAAUAUCCGGAGAAUCGCGCCGUUCGAAUGCCACGGUUUCGUUUGCGAGUCCAAAUAUCACGCGAGACAGCUGACGCACGCGCUCGCUACCGCCUUCGAAAUUUACUCCAGGAUUGUACGAGCUCAGGGCAAGCUGGCCGAGGUCGGCGGCAACACCGUGAAGAAGCGAUUAGCCAUCGACCUGAGGAGUCCCGAGGAGAUCGAGGCGGAUCUCACGACGGACUCCGAGGCAUAGCUGCGGAAUUAUCGUUGUCUUUCGUUAAGCUACUUGGUAAGACGCGAGUAGACGCGGGCAUUUGGCCGGAAAAGUUUGUCUCGGAAAAUUAGCUCGCUUCCGACGAUGAUGAGGAAGUGGGAGAUUUAUUUUUACGGGUAUUCAUACGCGACGAAGAUAUCUUUCGGAAGGACGACACAGGGUAAAAAGUUUUAUCGCUGGAUUUCCGGCGAAUGUCUCCGCGAUUUGUCGGUGGUCGUUAAUUCUUCGGGUGUCGCAAAUCUCACGAACGCUUGUACGACGUUACUUGAAAUUGAGUUGAAAGGUACGUACGGAUGCGGAAGAUCUAACUCGACGUGAGAUUUAAUAUAUGUACUUUACUAUACUCAAAGAUAAGUUUGUUGGAAUGUAUUUUUAGAGAAUUACGCGUUAGUUUAGCUUUGUAUAUGCAUAUAUAAGCGUACUUUUCUAUUUAUAAUAUAACAUAAAUAGGAAGAAUAUUAUUAAAUAUAUAAUUCUGUAAAUAGCCACGUGGAGUACAAUCAGAGAGAAUCCUUAUAUGGAGUAUCGUUAUCGUAGAUAGAUUAGGCGCGUUCUUACCAAUAUCGCGUAUGCAAAGCGUUUUUAUACCGUAUCCCGUUUGAGAAGAGACGACUGCUAAAAGUGCAUCUUAAUGCGCAAUUUUCUUUGAUUCUUCUUCCAAUCUUCUGAUCGAUGAUCCGGAGAACAGAGAGUGUGUUAUUCGAUUUAAGUUCAUUUAUUUAAUAGCCGAGAUGCUGCAUCUGUGUACGCAUUCGAAGACGAGACGAUCCUCGGGGACAUCAGGACGUCGUUACGUGGAUAUGUGUGUUCGUAUAAUUGUUGCUUCGUUUAAUAUUUUAUCGGCAUCGCGAAAAGCUGGAUGGGCUGUCCCGCCUGUCCAAGACAUGAUGGCUAGCUAUCCAAAGAUAUCGAAUAGAAAACGACGGAACGCGAUGGAGUUGCGGAUGGUGUUUCACCGAGACACGUCGCGACAACUUGCGCGAUUUCGCGACAAUUUCUUGUCUUCUUUUUGCCGAUCAACGGUCGACGAAUCGGGCGAUGAUAUUGGAUCUAUCCCUAGCCGCUUUAUGUGUGCGUGUGUGUCCCUAAGUUUAAGCCGUUAUUACUCCGAAAUCACAAAUUGCACAUCGGUGGAGGAUUCAUUCGUUCCGGAAGGCCUCCGCCGUUCUGUUCAACGCGCUUUUGUUUCUAAUAUCUUAGUCGUUAGAAGUUAAGUUCGUUUUAGAUUAAGUUAGAGACCAAUCAAUCGAUACAUAUCAGUCACUGUACCGCGCGCAGUGUUGUCAGCUACGACGACGCUCCCCUUACCGCAAUUUUGUACAUUGCUUCGCUUUAGUUCGUAAGCUCUUUUCGUUCUAGUAGUACCUUUCCGUUUCCUCGCGACACCGCUGCAUGUCUCACGACGUUUCGCGCACCUUAGGCUUGGGACAUUCGUGUAACACUUCGUAUAAUCACACCGGGCCUCGUGCUUUCGUUAGCUGGCAGUAUUUUACACGUGUAUUCGACCUGUACUUACGUUGUUAAUUGUGAGCGAUAAAGCGUAUCAACAGGAUUCACUGUGGAUUCUUGGAGAACCUCCCCUCAACACGACGACUCGUUGCGGGUAUCGCGCUUUGUAUUCAAAUCAGCCGGUCCGAUCUUUCGUAACAUUCCUCGUUUUAUUCGACGUUAAUUACAGAAUAGGAUCAUCCGAGAUACUCUCGCGCUAACACUUGCAUCCUACCGUUCACGUGCGACCCGCACCGUACAUGACUUUGUCUUGCGCGCGAGACGCAACGUUUUACGUCCGACCAAUAAUUUAAACUUGCGUUAACUACACGAAAGCGAGCCGACGAGCGACCUACGAGAAGCAACGAGUACCAUAAAACACUAAAUGAGCGUUCGGUCGAUCGUGGGAGGCCGGCGUGAUUGAUUCCACGCGCAAUCGCGACACCUCGCGCAGGGCUCCCUUCUGAACGAGGAGAAACG